AUGGUAACAUCGCCUAGAAUCUCGGAGGCAAAAUCUUAUGACAGUGCAUUGGCUUAUGUGGAGAGUUGUGUUCAUUACUCAAACCCUCAAUCUGUGUGUCAUCUAUGGAAGCAUAACAACUUGGCGCAAUUUGUAGAUCUGCGACUACAAAGCUAUGACAUGGAUGAGGUAAUGAAGACAAUCAAAGUUGGGAUCUUCUAUACGAGUCGUGCAGCUUCUGAUAGGCCACCAAUGUUAGCAGUAGUUAGUAUGUUAGAGGGUCUUCUAAGUGUAGAAGUCGAGAUGCAAGCGCUUAUGGCGGUUCUCAGUGAUGAGGAGCAAUCUCCGGAUCUGUUGAGGAUGAUGGCGGACAUUGACGAAGAAUUCGAAUUACAGGAGAUUAUAGAGACUCUCGAGAGGUAUCCUGUCUCGACAAAGGGAAAAUAG